UCCUGCCCUGAGUCAUAAAGUGUAAGAAGACACCAGUCUGGACAAGAAAGCUGUGUCCGCAAAUAUCUACUAGCUAAACAGAGACACAUGAAUGCGAAGCUUAAAACGGAUUCACGCGUGAAAACUAGCUUUAAAACUAGCUAAAAAAAAGUUACGUAGCAGCGAAGGAAGAAAAGUUACAGUCAACAUGGAGUUUUGUUUGAGGCUUGCUUUACUUCUUCUUCUCGUCAUUGGAACAUUGACACAAGACGGAUUUGACCUGUCUGAUGCCCUUGACGAUCUUCCAAAGGAGAAACCAAAAGUCACAGAGAAGCCUAAAACUGAUGACACCAAACCCAAACCUGACAAACCUGCUGACACGCCACCAAAGACUAGCGGAGGAGGUGACUUUGGAUUUGAUUUGGGGGAUGCCCUGGAUACAGACACCAACCCCAAACCUGACAAACCUGCUGACAAGCCAAAGCCACCAAAGACUAGCGGAGGAGAUUCGGGAACAUUCUCUGACUCCGACUUGUUUGACGUUCGUGACGGGGAUUACAAGCCCGAUGGAGGCCGCUCGGGAGGAGGCCGUGCAGUGGACCCCGAUCCUCAAGGUGGCGCUGAUCAGCCUCAAGCAGCUGGAUCUGGGCCGAUCGCAGGAAUUGCCAGCGCCAUCGGAGUGGCUCUGCUGGGAGCAGCGUCCAGUUACUUUGCUUACCAGAAGAAAAAGCUCUGCUUCAAACUGCAGGGAGGUGCAGAUCCAGAGAGCGGUAAAGGCCAAGGCGGUACUCACUCUGAUCCUCAAGUUCUCAGCAACCUGCUCAGGACCAACUAGAUUCUCACCAGACGGGAGGUCUGUAUGACAACACAGGACUUUCUUCAACUUUUGGUCACCUCUGCUCCAGAAAAGGAGGAUUUUCUCUUGGUCUUUCUGCAGCCUGAGUAGUUCAACCUACAAUACAGACACCACCCAAGUGGCAUCUAAGACGGAUCCAACAAGCCUUUAAUUGUAUUUGCUUCCGUUUGGUUCAGAGUGGAUGUGGAAUGGGGUUUUUUGCACCUUAAAUCUUAAAGGGUUUAUCCACCUGAAUUCCAAAAAGAAGAAAUAAACAUGUCAUUUGGUGGUAUAUAGCCGUGAUAGUUUUAUCAGCGGAAGUGCUGCUCAGAGCCCCAAAGAACUUAAUUUGAAAGAUUUAAUUGUAACAUUUGUUUCCUUUUCCUUACCCUUUAAUGCACAGUCUGCCUAAAAUCAUAUUCCACAAAUUCCUAAACAUCAAGAAAGUCAUCGCUUCCUUAUUGUUGUCAAAUUGCCAUCAAAGCAACUCAGUGCUUCCUUCAGACCUUUCAAAAUUAAAGCCUCCCAGGAGCAGGAACAGGAACUUGCCAUUUUAGCUGCUGCUGCUGGAAGGCUUUUAAUGUGAAAUACAUUCAGGAAAUGCUGAGUUCUGUUGAAGAAGCUUUUCAAUAUAAAAUCCUGACUUGUGGUGUGAGAAGAUGGUUAAGGAACAUGUAAACACUCAAUAACUGUACACAGGUUAGUGAUAUGUCAUAAGUUACAUUGCUUAGGAUUUUUGUAUGUAUUAAAUGUAACACCAAGUGGAAGUAUCAGCUUUUUGCUUUGCAAUGCACAGUUUAUUUUUUUGUCCGCAGUUUGAGUCCUGAAUGUCUUGUAGCCCGCAGAAUAUGAGCCUCUUUUAGCUUAUUGUUUUGGUUUCCCAGUCCAAUCUUCUCACCAAAGUCAGCAACCAUCCAACAAGCAAAGUUUGUGGAGAAACAAAACCCAACCAGGAGAAGAGUAAGUUAGUUGAAUUCAGAAUUUUACUCCAUUGGACUCAGUUGUGUCUCAUUUAUUGCUCAGUGUUAAUUCUCUCUGUGCUUGAAUCAUAAAAUCAGAACUAUUGCGUCGGUUGAUGUUGUUGCUCUGAUGCAACAACAAAGUUAAACUGAGCUGUAAAUACUUGAUAAUAAAUUGUGUAUAGGCGCCUACUGACUUUUGCUUCUGGCUUAAUGCUCCGGUGCACUUUGAUUUUUAACAUUGAUGAUCAUGUUUUCAGUUUGAAGUGUAUUUUAAACUUAAACUUUAUCAUUCCAUCUGAUGAUUUAGAUGGAUGUUACUUUUUUGAGUGAGAUUGAAUUGUUUUCAAUAAAGUGCUGGUAAACAGUU